AAACCCUAAUUCCCUCCUCACUUCCCUCAACAACAACAGCAGUUUUCUCUCUCUUCCAUCUUCAUCUUCAACCUCUCGAUCUCCCCUGCAAAUUUUCUCUCUCCUCAACUUUCCCCAGAAAAAAAAUGGGUCGUGUUCGCACAAAAACAGUGAAGAAAUCCUCUCGUCAAGUGAUCGAACGUUACUACUCAAAGAUGACCCUCGAUUUCCACACCAACAAGAAAGUUCUAGAAGAAGUAGCCAUCAUCCCAUCAAAGCGUCUGCGCAACAAGAUCGCCGGAUUCUCCACCCAUCUCAUGAAGCGAAUUCAGAAGGGCCCAGUUCGUGGAAUCUCACUCAAGUUACAAGAAGAGGAGAGAGAAAGACGUAUGGAUUUCGUCCCUGAAUUUUCCGCCAUUAAAACUGAUCACAUUGAGGUUGAUAAAGAAACUAUUGAUAUGUUGGCUUCUCUUGGUAUGGCUGAUUUGCCUGGACUUAUUGAGAUGACUCCUGGAACUAUUGCUUAUGAUACUGUUCCUGGUGCUUUUGGUCGUGGUGCAGGUGGUCCUAGGAGGUAUUGAUGAGUUUUUCGAUUUGGGGUUUUUUUGAUUUAGCGAACUAUGUUGAUGAAAGAUGUUUUUUAUUUUAUUUUGGGUAAUAAUUUUAUUUUUGAAGGUAGGGAAAUUUUGAUCGUUAUUUUGGUACUUUGAUAUGAAUUUAUGUUAUUAUUUAGUAUAAUUGAGAGAUUUAUUUCUUGUUUUA